CGGCGGCGGCGGCGGCGGCGGAGCGGAGCCCAGCCCGGGGAUGGAGCCGGCGGCGGCCCGGCGCUGAGGCGCGGCACCAGCAUGGGCACCCGGCAGACCAAGGGCAGCCUGGACGAGAGCUCCGGCGCGCCCUCCGACGCCGCCCCGGGCCCGGGCUCGGCCAUGGCCAUGGCCACGGCCACGGCCAUCCCCCGCCGCCGGAGCUCGGUCCGCGAGCGAGGCGAGUUGUGGGCGGCGCUGCUGCUGCGCUCCGGGUCCAAGGCGGGCCGCUCUGUGUCCGGCUCCACCGCCGGCUCCGGGGUGGGCCUGGCCCCCUACCACCGCCGGGUGACCAUGAUCCAGGAACUGCUGGCGCUGGUGCGCCAGGGCCGCCAGGAGGAGGCCGGCGAGGUGCUCCGGCACCUGCGCCAGGACUUGGGCAUGGAGUCGACGUCCCUGGACGAUGUCCUGUACCGCUACGCCACCUUUCGGAACCUGGUGGACCCCAUCACGCACGACCUCAUCAUCAGCCUGGCCCGCUACGUGCAUUGCCCCAAGACAGAGGGCGACGCCCUGAGCACCAUGGAGAAGCUCUGUCGGCAGCUGACCUAUCAUCUGAGCCCUCACUCCCAGUGGAAGCGCCACAGCAUGGCCAAGAGGAAGUCGUCCCAGGCGUCCCUGAAAUCGGUCCUGAUGACGCCCCCUCCGGACAACAUGGUGGACCUGUCGGGCAUCCCGCUGACCUCCCGGGACCUGGAGCGGCUGAUGUCCUACCUGGAGCGCUGCGGGGACCAGGUGGAAAGCCUGGAACUGGGCUUCACGGAGCUCACCGACGAGAUGGUCCUCCGCCUGCUGCCCGUCUUAAGCACCAUGCCCAACCUCACCACCCUCGCCCUCAACGGCAACCGCCUGACCAAGGCCGUGCUCCGGGACUUCACGGACACCCUCAAAGACCCCAACAAGUUCCCACGCGUCACAUGGAUUGACUUGGGCAAUAACGUGGACAUUUUCUCUCUGCCCCAACCCUUCCUCCUCGCCCUGCGGAAGCGCUCCCCCAAACAGGGCCACCUGCCCACCAUCCUGGAGCUGGGCGAGGGGCCCAUCCUGGAGGAGGCCGAGGAGGAUCUGCCCGAAGUGGCGGACUCCAAGGAGAAGCGUUCGGCCUCUGUGGCCCCCAGCAACCCCCUCAGAGAGAAGGAGUCUGCCUCCCCCCUAGUCAGGCGGACAUGACACGGAGGGAGAGGGUAGGGGUUACCUGUGUGGAAAACUUUGUACAGAGGGAGGUCACCUGGGCACCUUCUGACCAAUGACUCGCCGGGAAGCUUCCCCUUUGGGCAACAAUCAGCCUUACCCAGGUCUCAUUGUAGGGGGGUGGGGGUAGGCAAAGAACCCUGGCAGGGGCUGCCUCUCGGGGUCCCUCCUAUCGCCGCACGUCCCGGCCUUGCCCCUUCGCACAGCGGGCUGCUCGAGGCGGCUCCCCAGAUUGGGGGGUCCAGCCCAGCGGAGAGCGUCCCCUCUCUAGCCUACAGGGAGAGAGGAGUCUGGGGCUUCUGCCUCUGUCCGCCUCCCAGGCUCUCAUCUUGCCAUCCCUCUCUCCUGUGUUGUGUGUCCCGUGAUGUGUCACCACUGGCUCUGGACGCUGCUUGGUCUCUUCCUGGGGCCCCAGCCCUGCUCCCCGCCUCUCCACUCACACAGUGAUGGGGAGCCCCUGCCUCUGCUCAUGAAGUGAUGGGGAGCCCUUGUCUUUCUGCUCACACAGUGAUGGGGAGCCCUCAUGUCUCUGCUCACACAGUGAUGGGGGAGACUGUCAGAGCUUUUCUAGCCGGACUUUCCUUUACAGCAGGAGAACUGGAGGCCCAGAGCGGGGUUCUUGGGACCCAAGCCCAGAAUGGAGGGGCAGAGAAGGACCUAGUGAUCUCAAAGAGAUUGGGGUCUUGCUAGCGAGAAAUCCACUUUCCCCCCAGAGAACACCCUGGAAUGUGGGAUGGGGGCUCCCGUGGGGACCAACCCUUCAGACAAAAACAGGAGCUGGGUGCUGAGCACCCCACGAAGGACCGGAAGAGGCCCCCCCCGGGUCAUGGCCUUGGGACGCUGAGGUUUAGGAGGGAAGGGAGGCCCAGCUAGGGAUCUCCCCCUCGUCCUAGGGACCAAACCCCAAACCUGAAUUCACUGAAGUCCUUUGAUUCAGAAUGCCCCUCCCUGCUCUGGAACCUCACCUGACCACUCUAGAACCACUGCCCUUGCCAGGCCAGAGGCCCACUCUGGACCCCCGGUGGUCGGGGGCGGGGAGCCCAGGCCACACCUGGUGGAGUGGGGGUGAGCCCCCCUUGCCGUCUCAGUGUCUUUCUCCCCAGCGCAGGCUCAGCCCGGUGUGGGGACGUUUGCUGACUUGGAUUUUUUUUAAGGUUGUCUUUUGUACAGUUUCCCAGGAUCUGCAGAGCUCAAGAUCAGACUGGGUAGCUGUCUGUGGCUCGCCCCUCUCCCCCCGGCCCGAGCCUGUCUGGGAUCUGUCCGUGUCCCCGUCACUCUGCCUCCCACCCUGGGGGGGUCGGGCCUGAGCAGACCUCCAAGCCACCCCAGGCUGGCUGCGUGUCCCGCCCUCGUUGGAAAUAAAGGCGCCAGCCAGAGUCUAGACCCA